CACCACACUAAAUCUCUUUCUCCUUUCUCCUUACCGCAAUUCUUCGGAAGGCAGCCAAAUAAACGCCAGCCUCUCUCUCAUAAACCAGAUCUCCCUCUGCAGUUAAGCAUAUACCGCCACAAUGUCUCAAUCAGGAGCCACCGUCUCGCAGGACUGCAUAAACGCAUUCAACGACCUGAAGCUUCAGAAGAAGUUCAAGUACAUCAUCUACAAGCUGUCGGAGAACAACUCUGAGAUCGUGGUCGAGGACGCCUCCACCAACGGCGACUGGGAGGCUUUCCGCGAGAAGCUCAUCAGCGCUCAGCACAAGAGCAAGACGGGUGCUGUUGGCAAGGGUCCCCGUUACGCCGUCUACGACUUCGAGUACCAGCUUGCCUCUGGCGAGGGUUCCCGAAACAAGAUCACCUUCAUUGCAUGGUCUCCUGAUGAUGCUGGUGUCAUGGCCAAGAUGGUGUACGCCUCCUCCAAGGAUGCGCUGAAGCGUGCUCUUAACGGUAUCGCCACCGAGAUCCAGGCCAACGACUCAGAUGACAUCGAGUACGACUCGAUACUGAAGACUGUCAGCAAGGGUCUUGCCUAAAUCUCCAGCACUUAGAUAAUAUGGAGAUGUGGAGAAUGCCGGGGACGGUCCCUCAAGGGACGGUUGGCAGGGAAAUGACGCUCAUGAAACUGGACUUUCCUAGCGGGUGAGGUUGGUGGAAGGGACUCCUUUUGUCAGCGACCUUCUAUCGACCCGUACGGUACGAGGGGAGGGCGAAAAAAAAACAACUUGGUUCUUCUCCUUCCUUUUGAG